CCCACAGCUGGCAGCCCCAUUGGGGAUGUGCCGGUGCCAGGCCCAGCUCUGGAGCCUCAGAGGUGCCUUUGUGCCGUGCUCUGCUCCUUGCACACAUGUGUGAGUGCUGGGAAGCAGCUGGUGGGACCGGGACCUUUUCCCAGCGCUGGCUGGCACCAUCCCCUCUCCAAGAGCACAGGGACCCCCAAGGCUGUCAAGCCACUUUUGCCUACUGAUGGGGGCACACCCUGGCUGUGGACGAGGGAUGCCCAGGCAGGGGCCUUCCUGGGCAGGGAUACCCAGCACCCUCCUGACCUAACAGGCCCCAUGCCAGCAUACCACCCUGCUCCCAGCCUGGCAGUGCCGGAUACCCUUGCAGCCCCUCUCACUCUGGCACCCCGUGCCUCAGAUUCCCCUGUGCUGAGGGGCUGCAGCCAGGCGGGUUCCCCGUCUCUCCUUCCUUUCCCCGGGAAAGGGGAGGGAGCUUCCCUCAUCUCUUCCCCGUGUCCCGCAGACGAGCCAGGAGACUGUGACGAGCUCUGGGUGCACAGAGCCAGCACCGGAUUCCUGGCACCGGCGGGACAGCUGGGAGCCAUCGCCCGCCUCCUCCCUGCUCAGCCCCGCUCACGUCCCGCCGUCCCCAGAGCCCUGCUGUGCCGCAGCGGGCACCGCGCAGCGACGCUGGCACAGCCACACAGACCCCAACCCUUCCCUGCCCUCCGCGUCGCCGGAUCCUCGGCCAGCGAGGACGUCGGGAGAGAGGAGGGGGGACAGGUCAGUGACACUGCUGGGGAGCGCGGGGAGGGCACGGGGCCAAGGGGUGCCAUGCUGCCAGGCAUGGUCGCUGCUCGCAGGACGUGCUUGAAAGCAGCAGGGUGUCAGGGACAGCCAUGCCCGGGGGAUGCCCCAGGUCCUGGCAGUGUCCCAGCCCUGGUGAUGCCAGGGGGCUGUCCCACCGGGGUAAGCCUAGCUACUCCUUGCUGCCUUCUGCCAGGCCGUGUCACGGGCAGGUCCCCGGCAAGGCCAAGCCCCCUGUCCCACUGCCCUGCCCGGAAGAGGUGUCACACUGCGUGGAGACGUGUGCCAGACCAGCGCAGGGAAUGGGAUGGGGCAGCCAUGGAUAAGCUGGAGAUGGGCGGCCCCAUGCUGGCACUGGGGCAGGGGGCGGUGGGCUCCAGCCCCCCCAGCUGCUCGCUGGGUUGCGGGGAGGCCCAGGAGAAGCCUUCUGGGGAGGCAGGGGCCUGUUGUGCUCCAGCUGUGCCGUGUUUCCCUAGCUACACCGCGCAGCUGGCCGGGUGUUUGCACCGCCCGGAGUUGAUUUUGGCAGCCCCGCGCUUCCCCCUCUUCCCCUCCCCACCCGCCUUCCCCCUGCCGGGCGACCGCCUGCCACGCACCCACCACCUUCAGCCUCUCCCUGCCACCCUCGGGGUGGCAACAGGGACAGGGUUUCCCCAAACUUUUCCGUGGUGCCUACUCACUGCCAACCUCUGCCACCCUUACCAGCAGAUGUGGGUGAAGAAUGGGACUGGUGCUGGGUGAUGCUCUCACUGCAUCCCCCCACCAGGUGCCCCUUCUCUCCCUGGCAUGCGCGCCGCUGCGCUGUUGCUGCUCGCCCUGCUCCCGCUCCGGCCCCUGCCCGGCCGCGCCGCCCGCCCCAAGCUCGCCCUGCCCAUCCGGCCCGACACGGAGCCGCUGCCCCCCGGCGGGGCGGCAGGCUGCGCCUUCGGGGGGCACUUCUAUGCUCUGGAGGAGACGUGGCACCCGGACCUGGGGGAACCCUUCGGUGUGAUGCGCUGCGUUAUCUGUCACUGCGAGCCGCAGAGGAACCACCGGGGGAAGCCCGUGGGGAAAGUAAACUGCAAGAACAUGAAGCAGGACUGCCCCGUGCCCGCCUGUCCCCGGGCCACACUGCUGCCUGGACACUGCUGCCACACCUGCCCCAAAGGCCCCUCAGAGAAGAGCCCUGCACUCCGCUUCGACACCUUCGAGUACUUCCAGGACAAGGAGGAUGACUUGGACAAGCCCUACAACGACCGCUCCUACCUCAGCUCUGAGGGCCUGGCUCGCGACGAUGCCCGCACAGAGUUUGUGGCCUUGUUGACGAGUGGCCCAGAGCCGUGGCACCCCACAUCCAGCGCCGUGGCCAAGGCUCGCUUCACCUUGCUGCGCUCUUCCCUGCUCUUCUCCAUCAGCUAUGAGCGGCUGGGGCGGCCGAGCCGGGUGCGUUUCAGUGACCCCGAGGGUAAUGUGCUGUUUGAACACCCCGUGCAGAAGAGCGCUGCCCCCGAGGAUGGCAUGCUCUGCGGAAUGUGGAGGACGGUGUCCAAAGCCAACAUCCAGCUGCUGCGGGGGGAACAACUCCGUGUGUCCCUCAUCACACGGACACAGCCCUCCGGAGAGGUCCAUGGGCACAUCCUCAAGCACCGGGCACUCUUCGCAGAGACAUUCGGUGCCAUCCUCACCUCGUCGGACCCCUCUCACUUGGGUGCUGGGGGCAUGGCCAUGCUGACACUGAGCGACACCGAGAACAACCUGCACUUCAUCCUCAUGGCCCGGGGACUGCUGGAGCCUGGAGCAAGGGAAUCCCCGUGGGUCCCACUGAGGGUCCGCAUCCUGCACCAGGGCCAGAUGCUACGGGAGGUCCACGCCAACAUCACUGUGGAGGACCCCGACUUUGCAGAGGUGCUGAGUGAUCUGUCUGCCCAGGAGCUGCAGUGGCUGGUGCAGGGGCAGCUCCGCAUCGUGGCUGAGACGGAGGGCCGGCACGCACGCCAGCUGGCUGGCACCAUCACCACCCGCCGCAGCUGUGAUACCAUCCAAAGUGUGCUAUGCGGAGCGGAUGCUUUGCUGCCGACCAAGACAGGGGCAGUGGGCUCAGCCAAACUGGCGCUGCAUGAGAACGGCACCCUGGAGUACCAGGUGCAGGUGGUGGGCACUGCCAGCGAGGUGGUGGGCAUCACACUGGAGACCAAACCCCGGCGGAAAAGCAAGAGGAACAUCCUGUUUGACAUGACACCCAGCUACAAGGAUGGGCUGGCCUGGGGUGCCUGGCAGAGCCCCAGCGCCCGCGAUGCCCACAUGCUCCUACAAAAUGAGCUCUUCCUCAACGUGGCCACCAAAGACUGGGCAGAGGGUGAGCUGCGGGGCCAGAUCAUCUCCCUGCCCUACAGUGGACUGCUCGCCCGCUACACAGAGAUGCCCGUGGCGCUGGCGGGGCAGCUGGUGUCCCCCCCAGUGCACAGUGGCGCUGGGGGGCACGCCUGGCUCUCGCUGGAUGAGCACUGCCACCUGCACUACGAGAUCUCGGUGGCGGGGCUGGGACGCCCAAGCGACGGCACCGUCAGUGCCCACAUCCAUGGGGUGGCUGAGCUGGGGGAGAUGGGCACCCGCCCCCACCAGCACAAGCGCCUGCUCAAGGGCUUCUACAGCACUGAGGCUCAGGGGGUGGUGAAGGACCUGGAUGCCGACCUGCUGCAGCACCUGGCCCAGGGCACUGCUUUCCUGCAAGUCAGCACCAAGGCACACCCCAAUGGGGAGAUGCGGGGACGGGUGCACAUUCCCAACCAGUGCCAUGCAGGAGGGACCCGCCUGGCACCAGGAGAGUCCCUGGGGCAGGCUGAGCUCUCUGAGAGCACCAAGACCAGGGACCUGGAGCAGCUAAAGAAGGACCCCAACUCCUGCUUCUUUGAGGGUCAGCACCGGGCACAUGGCACCCGCUGGGCACCUGACUAUGACAAGAAGUGCUCCAUCUGCAGCUGCCAGAAGCGCACAGUGAUCUGCGAUCCCAUCUUGUGCCAGCCCCUCAACUGUACCCACCAGGUGCACCCCGAAGAGCUGUGCUGCCCCAUCUGUGAAGAGAAGAAGACAGAGCAGGAAGAGCUGAAGCUGGAGCGGGCACGAGACAGUAGUGAGGGCUGCUACUUCGAUGGUGACAAGACAUGGCGAGGCUCUGGCACUCGCUGGCACCCUGUCGUGCCCCCGUUUGGCCUCAUCAAAUGUGCCAUUUGUACCUGCAAGGGUACCACAGGUGAAGUGCACUGCGAGAAGGUGCAGUGCCCACGGCUCACCUGUGCCAACCCCGUGCGUGCCAGCCCCUCUGACUGCUGCAAGCAGUGCCCAGCCCCAGAGAAGAGUGUCCCGGAGCUGGCUGACUCCAUGCAGGCAGACGCACCGCGGGCGUGCCGCUUCGGGCGCCGCUGGUACCUCAACAAUGAGAGCUGGCACCCGUCUGUGCCCCCCUUUGGAGAAAUGAAGUGUAUCCUGUGCUGGUGUGUGUCAGGGGAGACGCACUGCCAGCGCCAGGAGUGCCCCCCAUCCGCCUGCGCUAGCCCUGCCACGAGGGACAACCCCUGCUGUGCCAAGUGCCGUGCCCUGGAUGCCCCCUCAGAUGCACGGGAGAAGGUCCACGACACCAAGGUGGAGUCACGGAGCCACUGAGCAGUGACUGCUGCCCAGAGCGGGGCAAGCACACAGUGACGCUGGGUGGCAUGGGGGGGCCCCACUACUUCUUGCCCCUGCCUGUGCUGGGCAGGGGGCACAGAGGAGCACAGUGAGGUGCACAUGGCCAGGCCCCCAGCCUGGGCACCCCAUCUCAGCACGACUGCAAUGCCAGGACCGCCCUACCCACUCGUGCCAGUGGGCAACAGCCGGGCUCACGGAGGUUGGGGCACCCGCUGCCCUGCCGCUCCAAACCCCCCUGGCCGGCGGGCAUUGUGCCCAUGGUGUACAUAGUGUAAAGUCCCUCUGGCUCCUGUUUGCUGCACUCACCCUGUCUCGGCCGGGUUUCUCACAUAAUUUAUGGUGCCAGUGGAUGGGAGUCAAGAUGUAUUUAUUAAAACCAGAGCUAUUGCC